UGAUGGACUGGCAUACCGUCCAGGGUGUACCCCGCCUUGUGCCCCAUGCUCCCUGAGAUAGGCUCCAGGUUCCCCACUGUAGGAUAAGCGGUAUAGAAAAUGCAUGUAUGGAUGGAAUAAUUCAUGGAGUGUCAUUUCAGAGUAUAUGAAAAAUGUCAUGAAGUUACACUCGGUGCCAGUAGGUGGCAGUAAUGCACCAACCUGUUGUUUUGAACCCGCUGUAUAACUGAAGACGAAGAAGAAGAAGCGGAAGCAUCAGCGAGGCCUUGGAGGCGGAAGUGUUGUGAAGUGUUUACAGCGCACAUUCACCAACAACAAGAUGGUGUGUGUUUAGUGUGUAAUGUUUCAAAUUGCGUAACAAUGUCGGAGAUGUUACUGAAAGAGAUGGAAGAAGUGUCUCUUGGUCAAUCGAAGGAAGAAGAAGAAUCGAGCAGCGGACGGAGUUUUCUCCUCAUCGAUGAAAAUGAAUCCCUGCAGGUGGAAAACGAAGGUCACUUCCUCAGGAAACUGGGCUGCAGCGCGGCAGAAGGAGUGAAGGUGCUCUCGAUCUUCGGCAACACCGGCGACGGCAAAUCGCACACGCUGAACCACGUGCUGUUUGACGGCGAGGAAGUGUUCGCCACGUCUCCCUCUCCCGCUUCAUGCACCAUCGGAGUGUGGGCCGCGUACGAGCCUCGUCUGGGCCUGAUUGUGCUGGACACAGAGGGCCUGCUCGGCGCAGCAACACAACAGAACCAGAGAAUGCGCCUGCUGUUGAAGGUGCUGGCCGUGUCCGACGUAGCCGUGUACCGCACGCGGGCCGAGCGUCUGCACAACGACAUGUUCCAUUUCUUCGGAAGCGCUUCAGCUGCGUAUCUGAAGUACUUCACACCUCAGCUGCGUGCUCUGUCCAACCGGUGCGGGCUCGACGUACCGCUCUCGAACCUCGGGCCAGCGGCGGUGGUGUUCCAGGAGACCUCGCGCACUCAGCUGCUGGGUCACGACACUACAGUCCCGGCAGAUAUCGUGCUUCAGAAGCGUUUCCAUGACCUGGGCCUGGGCACAGAAGCCUUCAGCUCGGUACAGUAUGUGGGCACGCAGACCAUCACACCUCCAACAGACUUCUCUCAGUUAAAGGAGACCAUCACAAAGCAGGUGAAGAGCACGGCAUCACGAGCCCCACGCCAGCCAGACAUCGUCUUCAGCGCCCUUCAGGCCUUGAGCGAUCGGUUCUGCGGAGAAAUCUCAGAUGACAAAAUCAGCAUGUACUCCUUCUUUCCUGACGAGUAUUUCACCUGCCCUUCUGUCUGCCUCAGCUGCAGCAUUCGUUGCAAGAACGGCAUGAAUCACCAGAAGGACAGAAUGCCGCAUAUGGCAGACGGAUUAUGCCAGUACGCUCAUCAGUACAACAACAAGGUUCUCAUAUGCAAGAAAUGCUAUGAAGGUGGAAGGGAAGUGAUAGUCGUGCCCAAAACCUCCGCCUCCACCGACAACCCGUGGUUUGGUCUGGCAAAGUACGCCUGGUCCGGGUAUGUGCUGGAGUGUCCGUACUGUGGCAUCAUCUACCGGAGCAGGCAGUACUGGUUGGGGAAUCAAGACCCCGAGAGCACCGUGGUGCGCACUGAAGUCAAGCACGUCUGGCAGGGGUCGGAAUCUUUCCAGGCAGACCAUCAGAACGCGGCUCAGCGAGUGCUCGACGGUGUUAACUAUGUCCUCCAGUCGGUGUCCGAGUACAGCUCCGGUCCCACCAAAGCAGUCACGGCCUGGAUCACGGAUCAGGUGGCUCCGCCGUACUGGAGACCUAACGCUGAAAUUACAGAAUGCCAUGGCUGUAAGCGGGUGUUCGGGGAGGCGGAGAGGAAGCACCACUGCCGUGCUUGCGGUGAGGGUUUCUGUCAGGCCUGCUCCACCCGCAGCAUGCCCGUGCCCGAGAGAGGCUGGGGCAGGAACCCGGUGCGAGUUUGCGACGCCUGCUACCAGCAAGGAGGAGCUGCACAAACCGUCCAGGUGGCGCAGACAGAGCCCAAGGCACUCGUGGCCCGCAGGGUGACGGAGAUGGCGCAGUCCACACUGGACAUGGUCUCCACCGCGGUCGACUUCCCGCUCUGUUUCGUAAAGGGAGUGGCUCGACCCGACUACUGGGUUCCGGACCACGAGAUCACUCAGUGCCACCAGUGUACCAAGGCGUUCAGCUCGAGCGUGCCCAAGCACCACUGCCGCGCGUGUGGUCAGGGGGUGUGUGGUGGCUGCUCGGCUCAGUGCCGCCCCGUGCCCUCUCGUGGCUGGGACCAUCCGGUGAGGGUGUGCGAUGCCUGCGCCACACAGUUAGACUCCCAGUGACUUCAGAAACAACGACGAACUUGAACCCAGUGGCUCUGAAACACAAAGAGUGGUGGCAGAUUGUGCUCUCAGAAUUCUGGCAUUUUUCCCGUGUAGUACACUCGCGUCUUAUCUGAAGGCAUUAACCUACAACGUCAGUGAAAAGAUGUACACUAAUGCCACGCUGAGAGGCUGAAUUUAAUCAGCAGCUUAUAAAUGACUGUAGUUUGAUUUGCAAACAAUAGGGGAAACCGUUUGGGACUGAUUUAUUUCCUGUACUUUCUAAUACCCCCUCCCCCCUCCCCCCCGCUGGGUGCACCAUCCUACAGUGAUGUUUAUUACUCUCAUAAUACCACUACAGGUUGCAGUUUAAUGUUCGUAAAAGGAACUAUUCAGGGCUAUCCGGUGGAGGAAAGUUCCCACUGUGAGCAUGUAAUAAUGUUUAUUACAUGGUGGGCGUGGCACUUCAUAGAAAAGUGUCACAUAGAGUCUCUACCCGCUUCAAAUCAGGUACUAGCCUUUUACCACAAACAACCGGCUCGUUUCUUCCGGCAUGAUGCAAACGUAUCGACGCACAAAAUAGUUGCGCUGGAUUUUGCAGACCUGAUAGUCUUUUAAUGCAUUUUCACGUAGAAGCGCGGCAUUUUUCCAUCAGAGUACGCUGCAUACACACACACACACACACACACACACACACACACAAAAGAGCUUCUUUUGUUCCUCUAGUAUAAAAAUUACAUACGCUAAACAUAAUAUGAAUCUGGAAUGAUCGGUAGGCGUGUUGGUGUAUUGACCUGCCCUCCUAGAAGCCCCGCCCCCUUCCCACCGUGCCAUCUCUCGUUUUGAAAGCUGCGAGCUCGCGUUCGGUCCGGGGAAACGGAGAUGGUUUUGAAAUAACGGAGGACGUGAAGUACAAUUUUAAUCCGUGUGAUUUAGCUCACGUUUGACAAGUGUAGAGUUAACGUCAGUGAAUCGUAUUUCUUAAAAUUUAGGCGCGCGAUCACGUUUUAUUCCACUUCGUUGUUGGCAGGUCCGCUCAGAAAAUACUCGACAAUAAAAUAGUAGGUCGAAAGCUAUCAGUGUAUUCACAGAAAUCAGAGAAUAGGAUGCGAGACUUGCUGUUGUUGUAGUUGUUGUUGUUUACACGUUGCUGAAUACUAUUCGGUGAAUUUUAUUUAGAUUUACAGUCAGAACCCUUUGUGCGUUCAAGUUGGUGUGCUUGAUUACAGGAAUAAUAAUUAAUUACAUUAUUGGUGCUUGAGCAUUGUCACCAGGCCCACGUACAACACACUACAGAAUUAUGCUCUGAUUUACAAUAAGGAUAAUUAAUACAACUGCCUUGCCUUUUUGUUGUUGUUUGUUUUGGGGUUUUUUUAAAAUCUGAGGUGUAUGAGAUCAUGUCUGCUCUAUCAGGGUUUCCUGCCCGCAUCAUUUAGUGUCACUCAGCCAAUGACCUGGAAGCCUUCGUACAUUUAAACAGUCCAUGAAUCUACCUUAUAUUGCUUAAUGGACAUAUAAUCAGCUUCAGAAUUAUUGGCACCUUUGGGAAAGAUGAGUUAGGAAAAAUGCCUUUGUGGUUAAUUCGCUUAACUGAACAUACCUGUAUUUAAGCAAUAUCACCUGGUCACAUGGUCGUGCACAAGACCACAGGCUGCUGGUUAGAACAUGGAACAUGUGGUUUUGUGAAAAAUAAUAAACAAUAAAAAAUAAGGAUUUACUUUUGUUAAAAUUAAUGUAUUCCAUAAAAGCUUGCAUUCCUGACAGGUUUCUGUAUAAGCGAAUUAACCGCAAAGACUUUUUUUUCUUCUUUCUUCCAUAAUCUUUCCUUUCUUCACUUUAACGAGGGCGCCGAUAAUUCCGGAGCCGAUCUUAUUGGUUAGAAGGCAGCUGCUGACAUGGGCACCGCUGUAACCGGAAUUAAACCUCAGCGGAUGUAUACGAGUGAAGGGGCAGAGAUUCAGAUCGGACGGGGGAACGCGGGGGGAUGGCGAUACGGCGGGAACAUCAUAUCGCAGAACCUGAAGAAGAGGUUUUAAUACCGCCGUGCGCAUCAAGAGCUUUCAUUCUGCUGAGAUUUGCUUACCGGUUACAACAGGCAUGUCCAGGUAUGUUUUUAUGCUAGGUUUACGCAAAUAAAAAUUGUUUUUGAAAAAAAAAAAAAAUAUAGAAUUUAAUGUCGUAAUGAACAACUCGUAGUUCAUAUGUAUAUUGCACUUUAGCUAGUUAUUUCAUCUUUUCAACUGUUCGAGAGAGAAAUAUCAUCAUAACCAUUGUUCAAAAGCAAUCAUAUAGCUGAAAAAGAAUUCAGUAAAGCCGGUCAGUUACUCAUUUAUGCUUGGGACAAAUCCUCCUAUCAUAACCAGUUUAUUAGUCUUCUGUAUAACAGUCUGCUUUGUAGAUUCUCACACAGAUGUGGUCAUGACCAACACUGCACCGAAGUGACCGUAUGAGACAGCGCAGAAGUUCAUGAAAGUGUGUGAUGUUUAUAAUGGUCUAAUUCACAUGGCUUACUCGUAGCACUGUUAUUCGUUUAAGCAGUUUAUGGAGGAGUAUUUGAGAUGGUUUUUUUUUCUUCUUUUUUUUUAAAAUAAUGUCUAGAUUCUCAGCUUUUGUUUAUUUGUUUGUUUGUUUGUUUCUGACCUGUGGACUGGAAUAAAUCCCAUGAAAUAAGUUUUAUGAAGCGAUGUAACCAAAGUAAUUAUGCUGGUCACAUAUUCAUUUUUAUAAUCCUGGUUGAACUUUUCAGCAUAUUAAAGAAUAUGAUGACA